CGUGUCUGCCUAUGGAUAUCAGUUGCCAGAGAAACCUGGCUUUACUAUGGCUGUUGGAGGGACGGCGGUGAUCACACGUCCGCUGCUGGGAAGAAGUGGAUUCCCAUUUCAGGCCAUUAUCAGAAAAGCUAAGUUUGCUGCAUAGUAAGGAUCAGAAGGCCUGAUCCUGAUUACAGAAUCUUGGAUACUUGCUAUCCUUUCUAGGUUGUCUCCCACCUCAUCCUUCUAUACCAUCCCAGAAGAUCUAUAAGAUUCAAUCUGGAAAAGCAUUAGAAGUUCUUAGAAGACCAGGAAGAAAGAGGAUUAUUGGUUGAAAUAAAAACAGGGUUGAAUGAGUUCCAGAAAGCAGGGCUCUCAAAAUCGUGGACAACAACCUGCAGAAGAAGACAACUUCAAAAAACCAACUAGAAGCAAUAUGCAGAGAAGUAAGAUGAGGGGAGCCUCAUCAGGAAAGAAGACAGCUGGUCCACAGCAGAAGAAUCUGGAACCAGCCCUCCCGGGUAGAUGGGGGGGUCGCUCUGCAGAGAAUCCCCCUUCUGGAUCCAUGAGGAAGACCAGAAAAAACAAGCAGAAGACUCCUGGAAAUGGGGAUGGUGGCAGUACCAGCGAAGCCCCUCAGCCACCUCGGAAGAAAAGAGCCCGGGCUGACCCCACCGUUGAAAGCGAGGAUGCAUUUAAGAAUAGAAUGGAAGUUAAAGUGAAGAUUCCUGAAGAAUUAAAACCAUGGCUUGUUGAGGACUGGGACUUAGUUACCAGGCAGAAGCAGCUGUUUCAACUUCCUGCUAAGAAAAAUGUAGAUGCCAUUCUAGAAGAGUAUGCAAGCUGCAAGAAAUCGCAGGGAAAUGUCGACAAUAAGGAAUACGCAGUGAAUGAAGUUGUUGCGGGAAUAAAAGAAUACUUCAACGUGAUGUUGGGCACUCAGCUGCUCUACAAAUUUGAGAGGCCCCAGUAUGCUGAAAUCCUCUUGGCUCACCCUGAUGCACCCAUGUCCCAGGUGUAUGGAGCACCACACCUACUGAGAUUAUUUGUAAGAAUCGGAGCAAUGCUGGCGUAUACACCCCUUGAUGAGAAGAGCCUUGCAUUAUUGUUGGGCUAUUUGCAUGAUUUCCUAAAAUAUCUGGCAAAGAAUGCUGCAUCUCUGUUUACUGCCAGUGAUUACAAAGUAGCUUCAGCUGAGUACCACCGCAAAGCCCUGUGAGGGUCUACUGACCACUCACUAUUAUGUCUGGUAUCUGUAAACACUCUUUUUGUUCUUAGUCUUUUUCUUGUAUAAUUGAUGUCCUUUAAAAUUGCUAAUGUAUAACAGGGCUUAUAUUUCAGUUUUUCUGUUUUGUUUUAAACAGAAAAUAAAAGGAGGAGUACAAGCUCCUUUUCUCAUUUCAACGUUGCUACCAGUGUACGCAGUAAUUAGACAAAAAAAGAAACAUUCAGUAGAACAUUUUCUUGCAUAGUUGACAACAUUGCUUGAAUGCUGGUGGUUCUAUCCCUUUGACACUACACAAUUUUCUAAUUAUGUGUUAAUGCUACGUGAUAAAAAUGCCCUGAUUCCUAGUGCCAAAGGUUCUAUGCAAUGUAUAUACCUGAAAACCCAUGCAUUUGUGCUCUUUUUAAAAUGGUGCUUGAAGUAAAACAGCCCAUCCUCUGCAAGUCCAUCUAUGUUGUUCCUUAGGCAUUCUAUCUUUGCUCAGAUUGCUGAAGGAUGGUGGUUUGUCUCAUGGUUUUUGUAUUUGAGUCUAAUGCACGUUCUAACAUGAUAGAGGCAAUGCAUUAUUGUGUAGCCACGGUUUUCUGGAGAAGUUGAUAUUUUAGGAACUGUAUUUCAGAUCUUAAAUAAAAUUUGUUUCUAAAUUUCAAAGCAA